AUGGCGAAUUCAUCAAAGACUGUCGCGUUCUUCGGUGCCAGUACUGGCAUAGGACUAUCAGCACUCAAAGAAACCUUGGCUGCUGGUCACCACUGCAUCGCCUUGUGCCGAGUCCCUGCUAAACUGGAAACCCUCAUCGCAGAACAUGCCAAUCUCCUUGAUGUUGUUGAGGGAAAUGUUUAUGACUCCAAGGCCGUGAGCAGCUGUUUACUCAACAAGGAUGGCAACCUUGUGGACGAGAUCCUCUUCUCAAUCGGUGCCAAACCUGUCCUCUGGAAAAUGACUCUUGAUGACCCCAAAGUCUGCCAAGUCGGCAUGAAUGUUGUUCUCGAAUGUGUCGCGCAACUCAAAAACAAAGGCGCUAAUGGAAAGCCACUUAUCGUUGCCCUCAGCACAACUGGCACGUCUCGCUUUGGCCGGGAUUAUCCCAUGGCCUUGUUCUUGAUAUACUGCUACGCUUUGAAAGUACCCCACGAGGACAAGAUCGCCAUGGAAGAGAAUUUGGCUGGAAGUGGCGAAGACUUUUGCAUUGUACGAGCCAGUUUGUUAGUUAACGGCAAGAGCGAGACUCCUGUGCGAGUGGGAGUUGAAGACCCCAAGACGGGACGACAGAGUCAAGAAAUCGGAUACACUGUCUCGAGGGAAGAUGCUGGAAGAUGGAUUGCCGAGAACUUGAUAUUGCAGAGGAAUGCUGACUAUGUGAAUAAGAUUGCAUCGAUCACUUGGUGA